AGGCGCACUACGGCUCCCCUUUUCCCCCUCGUGCCCCGCUGACGCUGACUCCACCAUAGAGCUAGAAAAAGGAGGCGCAGCUGUUGUCGCGGGAGCCGCGGCCAGGAUGAUCCCCACUCCUUGCCACCGCCACGUAGGGCCAGAGGGGCCCUUCCGCGAGGUCUAUGAGCCCGCCGAGGACACCUUCCUCCUCCUGGACGCUCUGGAGGCCGACGCGGAGGAGCUGAGGCGCGCCAGCAUUGAUAUCUGCCUUGAAGUAGGAUGUGGAUCUGGGGUAGUGUCAACUUUUCUGGCUUCAAUUGUUGGACCUAAAGCAUUGUAUCUGUGUACUGAUAUCAAUCCUUUGGCAGGUCUGUGCACAGUGGAGACAGCUAUGCGUAAUAAUGUUGAUAUUCAGCCCAUAAUUACUGAUCUGGUGAGACUCAAAUUAUAA